AUGCAAUCCCCCACGACUCCACGCCGCCGGACGGCAUACACCCCGCGCGUGACGGACACCUGGUCAUUGGAGGAGGAGGGCCUGCCAUUGAUCGAGGAGAAGCGGGAGCAUGAGGAGAAGGCGGAUGAGCAGCAUGAGAGCUGCGAAUACCUGAGCGGGGCAAAGCUGAUAGUCCUCAUGUUCGCUCUCGGCCUCUCCGUUUUCCUCGUCGCGCUGGAUAACACGAUAAUCGACACUGCCGUGCCCUCCAUCACCGACACAUUCCACUCACUUUCUGAUGUCGGCUGGUACAGCUCAUCGUACCUCCUCACGACCGCCUCGACGCAGCUCCUCUUUGGCAAGCUCUACACUCACUUUCCCAUCAAAUUGACUUACAUGCUCUCCAUCGCUCUGUUCGAGCUGGGGUCCCUGCUGUGCGGCGCGGCACCGAAUUCGGCUCUGUUCAUCCUCGGUCGCGCCGUCGCUGGCGUCGGCAACGCGGGGAUCUUCUCCGGCGGGCUGGUGAUUAUCGCACAUACCGUCCCGCUCGCGAAGCGGCCUCUGUUCAGCGGCCUCAUUGGUGGGCUGGGUGGCGUGGGUAGUGUCGCCGGACCAUUGCUGGGCGGUGUGAUCACUGCACGGCUGUCGUUUCGUUGGUGUUUCUACCUCUCACUUCCGGUGGGACUGGUCACACUCGUCUUAACGGGCUAUCUGCUGCGCGUGCCGGUAGCUGAGAACAACAAGCGACGGGCGGAGCUGGCCGAGUUUGACCCGUGGGGAAACGUCGUGUUUAUUCCCGCGAUGGUGUCCCUGUUGUUGGCUGUUCAGUGGGGAGGGUCCUCGGUCCCGUGGUCAUCGCCACUGAUUCUGUCGCUUCUGGCGAUGUCGCUCGUCCUGCUUAUCGUGUUCGCCCUGAUUCAAAUCCGCGCUGGAGAACAUGCGACCAUUCCACCCCGCAUCUUGUCACAGCGGUCGAUCUGGAGCUGUAGCAUCUACGCUUUGUGCAUCGGAGGCGCAUUCAACAUCAUCACGAUGUGUCUCCCUAUCUGGUUCCAGGUCAUUCACACGGAUUCGCCCGAGACAUCGGGGAUCCACACAUUGCCUGUGAUCCUCUCCCUCGUCGCCGGAUGCGUUGUCGCCGGUGCCUUGAUUGGUGCGAUCGGGUUCUAUGCGCCGUUCAUGAUGGCCUCGGCGUUAUUCACCGUCGCUGGGUCUAGUCUGCUGGGGGCGCUGCUUACGGUGGAGUCAACGUCUCGAACAUGGCUUGUGCCCGAAUUACUGUGUGGAUUCGGUGUCGGAUUGGGGCUCCAGCAGCCGAUGCUCGCCGCCCAGACUGUGCUCGAGCUCAGAGACGUUGCGGUCGGUACGGCGGUCGUGAUGUUUGCCAACACGCUGGGCGGCGCCCUCUUCGUCGCGGUAGCGCAGAGCGCAUUCACGAGCAGUCUCGUCUCAAGGCUUGUUUUGGCUGUUCCCGGCGUCAAACCCGAAGCGGUGCUCCAGGCUGGUGCCACGAAUCUGAAAGAUACCGUCCGGCCCGGCUUGCUCGCGGAUGUUUUGGUGGAAUAUAACGCCUCGCUGGCGAUGUCGUUUUGGGUAGCAAUGGUCCUCGGCGCGAUUGCAUUCCUGGGAUCAUGUGCUAUAGAAUGGAAGAGUGUAAAAGCGAGAAAAGUGGCGACUAUUUGA